AGAGGUUGCUGCUGUCUGUGUCCUCGAAGGACGUUACCCUUGUUAAACUUCAACUAAUAAAGAGGCCAGUUGAUACAUUGAUCCUGUCCUUUUAUCCGGCAGCAUCCCCACAGGAGCUGGAGGAGCACGGAGGAGGACGUGCAGACAGACAAGUUGAAGCUUUUAAAGGAAUGAAGAAAUACUGGCCAGAACAGUGAUGGAGAAGAAAGGGAGGGCGAUAUAAACUGCGCUGGAGAGAUAUUCACUGUGACUCAACGCGAUCAGACCUCCUGCCUCUGUCAUGGAGCAAGAAGAAGCUGUAGCUCGGGAGGAUGUGGACUCACAGCUGAUGUACAGGAUCGAACGUCCGGUCUAUGAUGAAGCUUUCAUCCGGUCGCAGCUUCUCAACCGCAAAGAAAACACCACCACCCUCCGACAGAGGCUGGCACACCAGUUCCGGUGUUCAUCAAAGAGGGCCAAGGCGGCAGUUUUUAGCUUCCUGCCAAUUCUAACAUGGCUGCCAUCCUAUCCAGUCAAGCAGUACCUGUUUUCAGACGUGAUCUCAGGUCUCAGCACAGGAGUUGUGCAGCUACCUCAAGGUCUAGCCUAUGCUAUGCUGGCUGCUGUGCCUCCAGUUUAUGGUCUGUACUCCUCGUUCUACCCCGUCCUGCUGUACACCUUCUUUGGCACAUCCAGACACAUAUCCGUAGGCACCUUUGCGGUGAUAAGUCUGAUGAUCGGGGGUGUUGCAGUGAGGGAGGCCCCCGACAACAUGUUUUAUUUCCCUCCUGCCAACGGAACUAACGGUUCUGACGUCCUGAACGUGGAGGCUCGUGAUGCCAAGAGAGUGCAGGUGGCCGUUGUGCUCACGACCCUGGUGGGAAUCAUCCAGAUUGUCCUUGGUCUUCUCAGGUUUGGCUUUGUGGCGAUCUACCUCACAGAGCCCCUGGUGCGAGGCUUCACUACAGCAGCAUCCGUGCACGUCGUCGUCUCUCAGCUAAAGUACCUGCUGGGUGUGAAAACACAGCGCUUCAGCGGGCCCCUCUCUGCUAUUCGUAGCGUCAUUGCGGUACUCUGUGACAUCAAAAGCACCAAUGUCACCACACUCAUCAUGGGACUUGUGUGCCUCGUCUUCCUGUACGUGAUCAAAGACCUCAACGAGCGUUUUAAGAAGAAACUGCCCAUUCCCAUUCCUGGAGAGAUUAUCGUGGUCAUCGUGUCAACCAGCCUCUCGUAUGGCCUGGCCUUAUCAGAGGACUAUAAGGUGGACAUAGUCGGGACAAUACCAACAGGGCUUCUCCCUCCUGUCGUUCCGGAGUUCUCUCUGUUACCCAGUUUGAUCACAGACUCCAUCGCUAUAGCAAUUGUAGGGUUCUCAAUUGGCAUCUCGCUUGCCAAGACCUUUGCCCUGAAGCACGGCUACAGCGUGGACGGCAACCAGGAGCUGAUUGCCCUGGGUCUGUGUAACUUCAUAAGCUCUUUCUUCCAAACCUUCACCAUCACUUGCUCCAUGUCGAGGAGCCUGGUGCAGGAGAGCACUGGUGGGAAAACGCAGAUUGCAGGGCUGCUGGCGUCUCUCGUGGUGCUGCUGGUGGUGGUGGCCAUUGGUUUCGUUUUCCAGACGCUCCCUCAGACAGCGCUGGCUGCCAUCAUCAUGGUGAACCUGUUGGGGAUGUUCAAACAGUUCAGAGACAUUCCUACUCUGUGGAGGACCAGCAAGCUCGAACUGGCCAUCUGGCUGGUAGCCUUUUUAGCGUCUGUGCUGUUGGGUCUGGAAUACGGCCUCCUGGUGGCCGUCGCAUUCGCCAUACUAACAGUCAUCUACAGAACACAGAGCCCUAAAAGUGCCGUCCUGGGCCACGUUCCAGGCACCGGGCUCUACUGUGAUGUGGAUGAGUAUGAAGAGGUGGCUGAAUAUGAGGGGAUUAAGAUUUUCCACUCCAACUCUUCAAUCUACUUUGCUAACAGUGAUCUGUAUGUGAACACCCUCAAGAAGAAGACGGGAGUCAACCCUGAGCACUUACAAGCUGUCCGGAAAGCUAGAAAAAAACAGAUGGCGAAAGCAAAUGGCAACCACUACUUUCCACUGAAGGUUUAUGCCAAGUAUAAGGAUGACGGAGUGACCCACGAGGUUUUGUCCGAUAACCACGUGGCAGAGGAGCAGAAGAACAGCCAGGACAGACACAGCGAGUCGGACUUAGAGGAGCCCGUCUUCCUUGAACCUCUAAGCGCGGUUCACUCCAUCAUCCUGGACUGGACGCCUGCCAGCUUCAUUGAUUCUGUGGGAGCCAAAGCCAUCAAACAGGUUAUUAAGGAGUAUGCAGCAGUGGAUGUUCAAGUGGUCAUAGCCGGCUGCAGCAGAAGCCUGUUGUCCGAGCUGGACACUUUACAGUUUUUCACCGGGGUCAUGACCCCGGAGAUGGUGUUCCCGACCGUUCAUGAUGCUGUACUGCACUGCCAACACUCAAAUUCCCAGCAUCCAUAAGCUGUUCAAACCAAAUGAAAGGACCUGAAAACACAGAACGCCUGUAACCGAGGACAAAUCACUGCAGCGGGGAGGUCCUGACUUGGACAGCCGGUAUGGGAGCUCCCGCACCCAACUGUAGGAGCGAUGCAAGGCUCCACUGACGUUCCAGCAUCACACUACAGAUGAACUAUUGAAUAGGAGAGUGCUUGUAGCCCAGGUGGAUGUCUUUCCCUCAUUAAGGACUCAAGAGUCUGACAACCUUGUUCACUUUAAAGUGAUCAGGGCAGCGAGACACAAGGCAGUCUAAUGAGGCUUUUAUCCAAUCAGAAAUUCAGAAUUGAGUUUCCAGCUGAUUUCCUACAGCCUUAAUCCUCUGCCUCCUCUCUGGAGGGAGGUUGUUUAGAGUUGCACUUUUAAAGUAUUUUUGUAGUUCUGUUUUAGGUUCUUACUUCUCUGCUAUGAGAAGUAAAUUUUAAAGUAUGCUGCUGCUUCUCUGGUCCAAGUGACCUCUGUAGAAUGAGUCCAGUUUGUGGUGGAAACAGACAAGCUGCCUCUCAUUAUCAUGCAGAUAUCAAAUGUUUAUGGUUACUGAGACUGAAGUUGUGUACUGAUGGAAUUUGAUUACAUUUCAGUUCUGUGGAAUUGUGUAUUUAAACCAGCUAAAGAACCAUCAUUGGUCAAAUGGUAGUGUUAUGUUUGUUACAGUACAUUUGCACUGCUGUUUGAGUCUACAUUGUAUCUGUCAGGAUGUUUUAGCGCAAGUGUAUUCCUAUUGAAAGAAAGAUGUUGUGCCCUUAUUUAAUAACACAGGAUGCCUUAAAGUUAAUAUGUGGUUAUUUUGCAACUUUUAACAAAAGAGACUCAAAUCUGGAAUAAACUUUAUUUUCAAGCAAACAA